CCGCCCCCUGCGACCUCCGGUGGCCUGCGGGCGCGGAGGCGGGGCUUGUCCGGGAGCAGGGUGUGGCCACACCCGGGGUGGCCAUUCCGAUGGGCAGCACUCGGUGACAGGGACUCGGCGGGUGGCUGAGCGCAGACGGUGCAGGUGGUCCCGGGAGCCCCCACCCCGCGGCCACGUCUGCGCGGAGGGUGGUGCCAGCGCCCCGCGCCCCGCGCCCUGAGCCCUGCGCCCCGCGCUUCACUUCCUCGCCGCCAGCGCCGGCCCCCAGGCCCUGGACACAACCACCUACCCCAUAGACCCAGGGCUGGAAUAAGGGACCCUGACACCUCCGAUCCCACAGAGGUUCCAGGUGCACAGAGCAGCUUUCUCUUCUCAGGAUGGCCUCGCCCUCUGGCUCUCCAGCUUUUAGGCUAGAAACAUCAGAUGGAGGCCAAGAAGAUGGUGCUGAGGUGGGAAAAAGAAAGCUGGGCCAUGGGGAUGGGCCGCCGCCAAUGGAGUCAUCAGUCCAGGAUGAAGACAAAAACUUCCCUCUUCGGAUCAAAGUGAACCUCAACUACAGAAAAUUGAGCAGCCAGCCAGACCCAAGCCGCUUUGACCGUGACCGGCUCUUCAGAGUGGUCGCCCAAGGUGUCCCCGAGGAUUUGGCUGGCCUGCCAGAGUACCUGCGCCGCACCACCAAGUAUCUAACCGACUCGGAAUACACAGAGGGUUCCACUGGGAAGACUUGCUUGAUGAAGGCUGUGCUGAACCUUCGGGAUGGGACCAAUGCUUGCAUCCUGCCACUGCUACAAAUUGACCGGGACUCUGGCAAUCCCAGGCCUCUGGUGAAUGCCCAGUGCACUGAUAAGUACUACCAAGGCCACAGUGCCCUGCACAUUGCCAUUGAGAAGAGGAGCCUGCAGUGUGUGAAGCUCCUGGUGGAGAAUGGGGCCAAUGUGCACGCCCGGGCUUGCGGCCACUUCUUCCAGAACAGACAAGGGACUUCCUUCUAUUUUGGUGAGCUACCCCUCUCACUGGCUGCAUGCACCAAGCAGUGGGAUGUGGUCACCUACCUGCUGGAGAACCCCCACCAGCCUGCCAGCCUACAGGCGACAGACUCCCAGGGCAACACAGUCCUGCAUGCCCUGGUGAUGAUUGCAAACAACUCAGCGGAGAACACUGAACUGGUCAUCUCUAUGUAUGACAAGCUCCUUCAAGCCGCGGCCCGCAUCUGUCCCACUGUGGAGCUCGAGGACAUUCCCAACCUGCAGGGCCUUACACCCCUGAAGCUGGCUGCCAAGGAGGGCAAAAUUGAGAUUUUCAGACACAUCCUGCAACGGGAGUUCUCAGGGCCAUGCCAGGCCCUUUCUCGCAAGUUUACUGAGUGGUGUUACGGGCCUGUCCGUGUGUCCCUCUAUGACCUGGCCUCUGUGGACAGCUGGGAGGAGAACUCAGUGCUGGAGAUCAUCGCCUUUCAUUGCAAAAGUCCGCACCGGCACCGCAUGGUGGUUUUGGAACCACUGAACAAACUGCUGCAAGCAAAAUGGGACCUGCUGCUUCACAGGUUCUUCUUCAACUUCCUGUGUUACGUGAUCUACACGGCCAUCUUCACCGCUGUUGCCUAUCUUCAGCCUUCCCUGGAUAAGAGCUUCCUCCCCAAAAACGUGACAGCUGGGAGCUCCUUAAUGCUGCUGGGUCACAUCAUCGUCCUGUUUGGGGCUGUCUACCUCCUCUUGGGCCAGCUGUGGUACUUCUGGAGACGCCGGUUGUUCAUCUGGAUCUCGUUCAUGGACAGCUACUUUGAAAUCCUCUUUCUGCUCCAGGCCCUGCUCACGGUGCUUUCCCAGCUGCUAUGUUUCCUGUCGAUUGAGUGGUACCUGCCCCUGCUUGUGGCCUCCCUGGUGCUGUGCUGGCUGAACCUGCUGUACUACAUGCGUGGCUUUCAGCACACAGGCAUCUACAGCAUCAUGAUCCAGAAGGUCAUCCUGAGGGACCUGCUUCGCUUCCUUCUGAUCUAUUUGGUCUUCCUAAUUGGCUUCGCUGUAGCCCUGGUGAGCCUGAGUCGGGAGGUCCCAGCAGGCUCCAAUGUCACAGAAGCAGUCCAGCUGUCAGCGGGGCAGGAGGACAAGGAAGGCAGCUCAGCUCCCUAUGGGAGCAUCCUGGAUGCUGCCUUGGAACUAUUCAAGUUCACGAUCGGCAUGGGCGAGCUGGCCUUCCAGGACCAGCUGCUCUUUCGAGGUAUGGUGCUGCUGCUGUUGCUGGCCUAUGUGCUGCUCACCUACAUCCUGCUGCUCAACAUGCUCAUCGCCCUCAUGAGUGAGACGGUCAACAGCGUUGCCACUGACAGCUGGAGCCUCUGGAAGCUGCAGAAAGCCAUCUCUGUUCUGGAGAUGGAGAAUGGCUAUUGGUGGUGCAGGAGGAAGAAGCAACGGGCCGGUGUAUUGCUGACUGUUGGCACCAGGCUGGAUGGCAGCCCUGAUAAGCGCUGGUGCUUCAGGGUGGAGGAAGUGAACUGGGCUGCAUGGGAGCAGACAUUGCCAACAGUGUGUGAGGAGCCAUCAGAGCCAAGCAUCCCUGGUUCUAUGACGAAACUUGCCCAGGCCUCCCCACUUCGACAGGACACUGCCUUGGAGGAAAACCAUCUGCCCCUUCAGCUCCUGGAGUCCCGCUGACGGCCCAGAUGCACCAGGCAAUGGGCGAGACCCUGAACUGUUUCAGUCAUGGGGAAUAAUGGUGGCAAAUACAAGUAUUUUCUCUUGGCUUGCCUCCUGUAAACUUUAUUUGAACAGUUACUGGGUUGUUGGAUGCUCUGACAUCUGCAUCUUUGCGAGUAUGCGUCUAUGCCUGGGCUCCAUCAUCCCCAUUCCUGCAAAAGCUCUCCACCCAGCUCCACACCCAGCCUCAGGGUCACACUCGCCUGGGUGCACGAAGCAGGCUGGCACUGUGCCCACUAUCUUGGCAGAGGCCUGGUAGUAGGCAUAGGUAAGCAGAGCUGCCUCGCUUCUCUCUCCCAUGGCCUUCAGAAACUGAGACCACUUCCAGGACUGCUCCCAAAGUUCUCGAGCUUCGCUGCUUCGUGCAAGCUCUGAGGACUCUCUUGUUCCAUUAGGCUGCCUAUUUCAGUUCCUCCAAGCUUUUCUUUACACCAGCAAGGCAGGCUUCCUGAGACUAUGCUCUGAAGGUGGCUCCCCAGUGCCCACAGAGCACCCAGUCUGCCAUGGCUUUGCCAAACACCUCCAGAUUCAUCUUCCUCUGUUUUCCGCUGUUUCCCCAUUAACCCUGUUACUACUUUGACUACAUUCUUCAGGGGACUAAUGAACCUCCCCUGUUUCAUACCUUGACUCAGCUCUGCCUAGGCGUCUAGUCUAAUCCCUCCAUUGAAAUCCUACACUUUGGACCAUAGAGAUGGCUGAGAAGUCUGGGGUGCAAGACUUGUGUGCUUUGUAUGUGGGGGAGGUAUGGGGGAAUGUGUGUGGGGGCACCAUAUGGUCCCAGGGCUUGUCACCCCCCAAUUCCAUAUUUAUUUCUAAUGGCUGCUCGAAAACUGUUAAUGAUAGUCUUUCUACUUUUUUUCAGCCAAAAUGAACGCUGCUCUCUUGGUGUAACAUGUUACAAAAUGUAUAAAUAUGAACUGGAAUUUUAUUUGGGGAGUGCUCUGAAGCAGUGCUCAGGGAAGGGAGGGCACUGCAUGUGAUGCUGGGCAGAACGCUGCUGGGCUAACUUCAGGUGCUGGUGAUAGAGACGAGGAGAGCAGACAGGGUAAGAUUAGGGAUACGGCCCUUACAGAAAGGAACCACCAGGUUCCACGGGAGAUGGAGGUGAUGUGUGCUGACUUGGAUGACCCAGGCACUACUGGGAGAGAUUCAUGUCAGCAUUCUCUCCCCUGUUUUAGUAACUCACAUUCUUGGAGCAUAAUAAAUACUCAUCCACCCACCUUUGGAAAAAAGGUAUGAAAAGAGAAGGUUUCAGUCUUUCUUUGGAGUCCUGUUUUAGGAGACCCCUCCCAUAAUCUGGGAGGUUCCCUGCACCCUAAAUAAAAUCUUUACUGAAUUUGGUCACUUGCUCUCCUGGACCAUGCCUUCAAUCUUGACUGCUUAAGGACAAGAACCUGAACAUCUCCCUGUUACAACACAGGGGGCUACCCAGGCCACACUCAAGUGGUACUGGGAGACCACCUGGUGCUGGGGAUUCAACUUAGUGACUCUGCAUGCAAGGUAUGUGUUGCAACCCUUUGAGGUAUCAUAAUAUAUAUACUUCUUGAUAGGCCUAGAGACAGUACAGGGGUUGCAUGUGGCCAACUGGGUUAGAUCCCAGGCACCACCCAGAGAAGCCCUGAAAGCUGCCUUCCUCCCAAUUCCUCCCCCAAGGAGUGACCCCAAGCACUCUUGGGGUGGCAGAGUUAACCCAGGGGCCUCUGCAACACAGCAUCCUCGCUGUUUCAUUUUGAACUGCAGCCAGGUUGUCCGAAUAUUAGCAGGAGUGGUCCUGACCCCACCCCUCAGCCCUCAGCGUAGGCUACUUACAGAAUAUUUUUUUCUGGGCUCCACUGCGCGGCUGUCCGGGGCAGGACAACCCAUCCCCCUUCCCGAGUGUUUUUGUUCUGCCACUAGUGGCUUUUUUUGCAGAGCAAUCAGGGCCAGGGAUAGAGAAGCCGGAAGGGUCAGAUGAAAGGAUGGACGUGGAUCCAGAAAAGAUGUCCGCGCAGUCCUGUGAGGUUAUCUAGUGUGAUGAGAGCUGUCUGCGCAGGUGGGGAGAGGCGCCGGGGACACUCGGAAGUACCGGUGAGGUCUGUCUUCGCAGACCAGCAGCUCUUUGUAGAAGGGGAGGUAAGAGCUAAGAACGCGCGCCGCGUGCUAAGGCCCCGCGGAACUUCGCGAGGGUCAGGUCAGCGGCUGCUCAGAAACUCGAGCCCCUGGCUAAGUCCACUCAGCAAAGGGUUGCAGUGGAUAGAGGGAACCGGUGCACCGUUUCCGCCUCGGUGCGCAGGCCCCGGCUCCGCCUCUGCGCCCCGCCCGCGCCCCGCCUCUGCGCCCCGGCCCCAUAUCUGCGCCCCGCCCACCCCUGUAUUUGCCCCUGCGCCCCGCCCUCACCUCUUAACCCCGCCCCUUCCUCUUCGCCCCGCCCCACCUCUGCGCCCCGCCCCUGCCUCUGCAUCCCGCCCCCACCUCUCCGUCUGCAGCUGCACCGCCCCCGCGCCCUGUCCCCGCCUCUACGCAGGCGCCUUGGAUCUCGUCGCGCUCUGGGAAGCGACCACACGCUCUCUCGCAGGGGGCGUACCGGGGCGGGCGGGACGUCUGCGGGGCUUACCGAGCUGAAAGUUCCCGUGAGCCUUUGCGCCGACCCUCCUCGAUUCUGAGAGGAAUGGAGUGGUCCGGCUCCUUAAAGGCCUGGCGCGCGACCGGCACCUUCUUUUCUUCCUCGGUGUUCGGGCUGGUGUCUGGUGUGUGGCUCUCUGCGGGGAGGCGGACGGGGACGCUGUCCUGAUUCUAGCUCCUGGGCAAAGGGCCCCCGGGGGCAGCGUGGCGUGCGGUGGAGAGGGCGCGCAUUGGGGCCGGGCUCAGGGCUGCGCGUCUGUCCGUAGGUCGCCGACCGCGUGGGGCCUCGAUGGCGGGAGCCCGUCAGCCCGGCGCACCCCGCGAGCACCCCGCGAGCCCCGGGUAGGUGCGUGGCCGGCUGCCCUGAUGAGACUUGGGUCAGAAAGUGUCGUCAAAUGAGACCGCUGACUGCGAUGCGUAACGGACGCAGUCGCCGACCCCUGCGCGUGGCGUCGCGGCCCGGCCUGCGCGCUCCCCGCCGGAGGUCGCCAAGGAUAAGUGGAUCUCCACCAUGAGACAAACUUGACAGCACCGUUGGCACCUGAAGGUUUGGGGUGCAGGAGAAUGGCCAGCAGUGCAGUUGAGUGGCAACAGCUCAGAUAAGAGGCUACUUUUCCCAGAGGAUGGUCACCUGUGUCACAGGGAAGAAUGAAAUCUCAAGGACAGGUGUUCAUUAUCAAGUUCAAGUUGAAAGGAUUAACUGAUUGUGCCAACAAUAGAACCACAAAAGGGUUUUGCCAAGGAAGGCAUGUUUGGUGUCCUCUUUAUAUUUGCUGAGGGAAAUUCUGUCUUUGCAAUUGAUAGACUAUUGCAAUAAAGAAUUGUUUCCACUGUU